UCAGACUGGAACACAGACAUCUAUUCUUACUGUAUUACUAGCUGGUGACCAGUUUGCCCGUCUACCGACCUGACCGCUCCGCCAACAUAAACCAUAGAACCACUCUAAGGUUUGUCCCUUGGAAACAGCUAACCUAUAGUGCCUAUAGGACCCGGUUCGUCACAUAUAUACAUUUCUCAGCCACCAUAAGCAUUCGAAUGCCCCUUGCCACAUUCAUCAGGUCCUCAUUUUUUUUUUGUUAAGAUAAGCUUUGUUCAGUUAUUCAUCGGCCUCAUUUUCUCUCCAUUGGAAUCAAUAACAUCCAGGAUCAACAAUUAUGGAUGACAAUUCCCGAAAGCGCCCGCUGAGCUUGCAAUGGCUCAGUGAAAACUCUGAACGCGUCGGUCAGAAACUGCGCGUAGGGUCGAUUGAUGGGGAUUUCAAUGUUAGAGGCAGUGUUCAUAUCACAACGAAUAACACCGCGCCAACUAGUGCGGCGGAAGAAGGCUGUCGGCGCGACCUUUUCAUAACCGAUCCGUCCGAGGAUAGAACUGCUCUGAAACGCAAAAAGGGAAAUCGCGCUACCGGCACCUGCGAGUGGAUACUCGAGACGGACGAACUGACUGCUUGGCUUGGCCAGGAAAAGACAAGCAAUGUCCUAUGGCUCUACGGAAAUCCUGGAACAGGAAAAUCCACAAUGGCUAUAUUUCUCACGGAACAACUUUCGACAGUUUUCUCAGCAACAGGGGGGAACACGCUUGCCUAUUUUUUCUGCGACUCUAGCUUCGAAAAGCGGAAGACAGCUACGUCAGUCAUUAGAGGACUUCUCUACCAACUCGUCCAGCAGCACCCGAAGCUUCUCGACUACAUCUUACCAAAAUAUAAUGAGCGUGGCAAAGGCUUGUUUCAAUCGUUCGAUGCUCUCUGGGCAAUAUUCAUGGCCAUUGCGAUAGAUCAGAAGACGGGCCAAAAAUACUGUGUGAUUGACGCGCUGGAUGAAUGUGAUCGAGAAUCGCAAAAAAUCCUAUUGCAACAGUUUCAAGAAACCUUCCAUAGACAAGACGCCCCAUCAAAUGUUCGGAUAUUGGUCACAAGUCGACCAUAUUCUGAGAUCUGCGAAUACUUGGAUGAAUUCACAAAUAAGGACUUAGCAUCAUUUCCCCAAGCAAAGAAAGAUAUUGAUCAGUGCAUCGAGGAAAGAGUCGCAGAUCUUGUUAAGAAAAAACAUUACACCGUUAAAGUUAAGGAGUAA